AUGUGUGGAUUUUUGCUGAAAGUACACCAGAACUUCUUCUACAAUGACAAGCUGAUUGCAAGGAUUCAUGCCCUGAAUUAUGGGAUAUCUCUAGUGCUGGUCAUAUAUCUGUUGGGGAUUCAUCCCUUAUCACUAAGAGAGCUUCAAGAAGAGCUUGGUCUGACACUCCCAAAUGUUGCCUUUGAAUUACUUUUUGUUUUCCUGCAACAGAGUGUCACAAAUAAUGAUAAUUUCAUUAAUAAUGAAUUUGAUGAUGUUUAUCUCGUUACAAUAGUAUCCCCAAUUCCCUUGGAGGCUUUUACUCUUUCGGUGAUGAAUAUGAAGUUUUUGUUGUUAAGUAUAUCUCCAUUGAGGAGUAUAAGCAGGCCCUUGCUAAAGAAGAUCCUAUGUAUGUUCCGUACAGUAUAG